AUGGAAACGGGUUCUGAAAGGAAUUAUUUGUUAGUUGCUGCCUUAGAUUUUGGUACUACUUACAGUGGUUAUGCUUAUUCUUUUCGGAAUAAUCCAAAGGAAAUAUACUCCCCGGGGGUGUGGAAUGCAGGUGAUGGAGGUCUGGCGUCUUUAAGAACACCAACCUGCUUACUUCUCAACCCCGACAGAUCAUUUAAUGACUUUGGGUUCAACGCAGAAAAUAAAUAUGCUGACUUGUGUGCAGAUUUUAAACAUCAUGAGUUUUACUUUUUUGAAAAAUUUAAGAUGGAAUUGUACCAUAAGACCAUGCGGAGGGAUGCAGUGUUGAAAGAUAUAUCUGGGAAAAAUAUGCCUGCACUCCUUGUAUUUUCAUUAGCCGUACGAUACUUGAAGGAGGAACUUUUAUCAACUUUAACAAAGAGAGGAACGGGAGUCAGUCUUGGGGAUAUCAAAUUUAUUCUAACUGUCCCUGCCAUAUGGAGUGAUUCAUCGAAACAGUUUAUGAGAGAGGCUGCUGUAAUGGCCGGUUUGCCCAAUGAACAAUUAAUUUUGGCGUUAGAGCCUGAAGUAGCCUCAGUGUAUUGCUUAAAAGUUCCUCUUGAGAACAUGCCUUUUGGUGAAGUAUAUAACAUGAAAACACCAGGAUACCAAUAUUUACUGGCUGAUAUCGGAGGUGGCACAGCAGACUUUAGUGUCCAUGAAGUCAAUCAAGAUAGAAGUGUAACGGAGAUCUACACGGCAAGUGGCGGAGCCUAUGGGGGUCAAGAUGUCAAUGAACGUUUUCUUGAAAUGCUUCUGCAUAUAUUUGGGAAAGAAACGAUUGAUGUACUGAAAUCAAAAGAUAUGGAAGAUUACCUGAGUAUCUGCAGAAGUUUUGAAAAUAAAAAACGCAUAGUUUCUGAUGAAUAUUUGGAAAAUUUUAGGCUAAAACUUCCCACUGAAAUACUAGAUGAGUGCAGUUUGGAUAUUAUACAGGAAAACAUUCGCAGUUUCUACAACGAAGACCUUGUAUCCAUACAGAAAGGAAAAUUGAAAAUCAGUUCUUCAUUAAUGAAAAUGUUUUUUGACAAAUCUCUAACGAAAAUAAAGGAUCAUAUUCAUGAACUUAUAUCGCGAAAUUCAAAUGUGAAAAGUAUUUUGUUAGUCGGUGGAUACGGGGAGUCAAAGCUUUUACAAAGUGAAUUGAAGAAAGGAUUCCCAGAGAAAAACCUAGUUAUUCCACAAGACUGCAAUUUAUCAGUAGUGAAAGGAGCAGUUUUGUAUGGUUAUUAUCCUCUUACAAUAUUCCAACGAAAAAUGCGUUUCUCUUAUGGCGUUAAGGGUUAUGCUCUCUUUGAGAAAGGCAAGCAUCCCGAGCAUAGAAAAAUUAAACUUGCAUCUGGCGAUGAACACUGUGAAGACGCAUUUGAUGUGCUUGUACCUAAAAAUGCAACUAUUCCAACAACUGGAUUAACGAUUUCAAGGACUUACUGUACUGCUUCAUCAACACAGAAAUCUAUGGAUGUUUACAUUUACAAAACAGAAGAAGAAAAUCCAAUUAUAGUAGAUGGAAAAUGUUCAUUUUUGAAGCGCAUUUCACUUCCUCUUCCAGUAUACUCCGGAAGAGAGAGAGUUGUGGAACAUAAUUUUACAUUUGGUUUGACAGAAGUAAAACAUCAAGCAAAGAUUCUGGAAACUGGUCAAUGUUUCUUAAAUACCUUUGAUUUAUUGUAG